AUGCUCACCGUUAUCAAGUGGCUCGUCUAUGGCUGCUGUGCUCUCCCAGCCGUGGCAACCAGAGCACCUUUGCCAAAAGAUUGCCGAAAUACUCCAACCAGUCGAGGCUGCUGGAAAGACGGGUUUAAUAUCCUGACAGACUACACCGAUCCCAAACGCGUCCCGCCUGGAAAGCUGGUCGAGUACAAUCUUACCGUCAGUCAACAAGUCAUCACUCCCGAUGGAUACGAAAAACUAGGAAUGGUGGUCAAUGGACAGUUUCCUGGUCCUACGAUCGAAGCAGAUUGGGGGGACACUAUCCGCAUUAGCGUGUACAAUAAUUUCACCGACAACAACAACGGUAGCGCUAUUCACUGGCAUGGACUGCGUCAAUUCGAGACCACUUUCCAGGACGGUGUCCCUGGAGUCACACAGUGUCCGAGCAAGCCUGGAGAAACGCAGGUAUACGAGUUUCGGGCGACGCAAUAUGGAACGUCCUGGUAUCAUUCGCAUUUCAGCUUGCAGUGUGAGUGUCAACUGUUCAGACCGAUCGUCAUUCACGGACCAUCCAGCAAGGACUGGGACGAGGACUUGGGGCCCUGGCUCCUGCAUGACUGGUAUCAUGACGAUGUGUUUUCCCUGCUUUGGGUAGGAGAGACGAAAAGUCGAGGAGCAAUUCCCGAGUCCACCGUCUUGAAUGGCAAGGGGAAGUUCGACUGUCACAACAACGACACGCGCUGCACCGGAACGGGUGGAGAGUAUUUUGAGGUUAGUUUCCGAAAGGGCGUCAAGUACAAGUUGACCAUAGUCAAUACGGGUACCCUGCUAGAAUAUAUGUUCUGGAUUGAUGGGCAUAACCUGACCGUCAUUGCGACUGACUUCGUCCCCAUUGAACCAUAUGUCACCGACGUGGUGAAUGUGGCGAUGGGCCAGCGGUAUGAAAUCAUCGUCGAGGCAAACGCGGACUUUACUCACGGUUCCAAUUUCUGGAUUUACGCCCAAUACUGCGGCGAGGUCGAUCUGCUGCCUCACAAGGCAGUGGGAAUUGUGCGCUACGACGAACAGGACCGUCGGGAUCCCUGGACGCGACCUCUCAGCGACCAGCAUCGAGACUUUGGCUGCAGCGAUCCCAAUCCAGACCACCUCGUUCCCGUCGUCCAGCAGUCGGUUGGCAGGCGAGUGAACAGCAUGGAGAUGAAGGACUACCUGAGAAUGGGCCAAGAGGGCUAUCCGGAUCCGAUGAAUUUCGACGGCGACCUCCACAAAUGGGUCCUGGGGGAUAUACCAAUGUUUGUUGAUUGGAAGGACCCCAGUCUCAAGAAAUUGGCCGUAGACGGGCAUCCGGACUUCCCACCGGAGACCGUUCCCAUCCUGCUGGACUUCGAUACAGGCGCCUGGGUCCACUUCGUCAUUACCAACAACUAUACCUUCGAGAAGGUGCAUUUCCCGCGCAAUCUGACUCCGGUCAUGCAUCCGAUGCACUUGCACGGGCAUGACUUUGCCAUUCUCGCUCAGGGCAGAGGCGAGUUUGACCCGGGCAUAGUCCCGAAGCUGGAUAAUCCUGCCCGCCGCGACGUGGUGAACGUCGAUACUGGCAGCUAUGUCUGGAUUGCCUUUCAGGUCAACAACCCGGGGGCAUGGCUGCUGCAUUGCCACAUCGCCUUUCAUGUCAGUAGUGGGCUCUCCUUGCAGUUCAUCGAGCAGCCCAAGAAGGUCAAGCCGCUCAUGGAGGCGGCCGGUGUGUUGGGGGAAUUUCAAGAUCGAUGCGCGAGAUGGACUAAGUAUUACGACAGUGUGAACAUCCCUGAUAACAACACCAUAGAUGAUUCGGGCAUCUAG